AUGGCUCCAUCAUCUGGCGGAAAGCGGGAAGCGGAUGAGUUUGGAUCUGGAAGGGGAGCUGGGGGAAGCGGAAGGGGAUCGGGGGGAAAUCUUACCCCUGAGGCGGCGGAGAAGCAGCUGCAGGCGCGGUGGGAGCGGAUAGAGGAGGCGCUGGGGGAGCUUCCAGAGGAUGACGAGGCGGAGGAGAAACUGAUGGCUCUCAAGGGGAAAUGGGCGAAAGACCGCGUCUUUGGGACUAGGUAUUGGGGGACGGGGAAGGAGGGGGAGGGAUCGCUGCCCCUCCUGGAGCCCUUCUACCACUACCAUUCGGGCCCGCCCGACACCCGCGCCACACUACACGCGCUCUGGGCGCGCAUGGCGGUGGAGAUGCGCGCCUGCACGCGCUGUGUGGCCAGAUACCACGCGGCAAAGCGCGUGUAUGAGGAGGAGUAUGUGGAGGAGGUGGUGCGGCCGGUGUUGGAGACGCUGAGGCGGCUGGAUGAAGAGAGGGUUGCAGGGGAGCUGAGGGCGCUGGUGGGUCGUGCUGGUGGAGGGUCCGGAGCUGGUGGUGUUUCGAGCGGUGCCGGUGGUGUUGCUAGCGGUUCUGGGAGCAGUGGCAUGGCUGGAGGGCAGGCCUUGGAUGCGGAGAGGGACGGGCCGGGGGUGAUAUGCCUCAUGUUUGAGCUGCUCAUGUACCCGCGUGUGCUGGAGGACGCAGAGGUGUUUGCUCUCGCUGGCCCUGCUCUAGUGCUCGUGGAAAGGCAUUACGACUUGUCCCUCACCCCGGGACAGCGAUACCCGGAUGCAGAGGUGUUUGCUCUUGCUGGCCCGGCUCUAGUGCUCGUGGAAAGGCGGCACUUCGACCUCUCACUUACCCCAGGACAGAGAUACCCGCUGCUCAUGUACCCGUGUGUACUGGAGGAUGCAGAGGUGUUUGCCCUCGCUGGCCCUGCGCUGGUGCUCGUGGAAAGGCAUUUCGACCUGUCCCUUACCCCACGCCAGAGAUACCCAAACAGCAGCAGAUCUGAGGCCCAUCGAACCCCUCCUGCAGCAAUGCAUGCACGUCCUGGAGUACGACCUCUCUGCAUCCUAUUCAACUCCCGCGCUCUCAUUCUCUUCACCUCUUCACACCUCUCCCCCACACCAAACAGAACAGCAGCAGAUCUGAGGCCCAUCGACCCUCUCCUGCAGCAGUGCAUGCACGCCCUGGAGUAUGACCUCUUCGAUACAGGCACACUCGCUACUGGCACAGGCACAGGCUCGGGAACAGGCUUGGCAACAGGCUUGGGGAGAGCUGGUGCUCCUGGUAACGCCAAUGCCGCUGCCAAUGCUCAAGGUGGAGCAGGAGUGGGGGGUGGGAGGGAGGGGGGCGAGCGGCCUCGAGUGGUGCACUCAAAGGAGGAUAUGUGGCAGGGACUGCUCACGAUCCUCUCGCUCAUGGAGCCACCGGCACUGGAUGAGGGCCUAGUGGGGAGAGCUACGCUACCCUGCCUCUUUGUGCUCCCCAUCUCCCUGAAGUUGCCUUUCCCACCUACCAUCACUCAACCCCUCUCAAUCUCUCUCAACCUUUGCCCCCCUCCCUCCCCUCUCAGCCUGUCUCUCAUGGCCCCACCAGCACUGGACGAGGGUGUGGUGGACCUGUCUCUCAUGGCCCCACCAGCACUGGACGAGGGUGUGGUGGAGCGGUAUCCUGCCUUUGUGAGCAUAGUGCUGAACCACGUGGGGGAGGACACGUCUGUUUUUCGGCCUGCUCUGGCUUGCCUCAGGAUGAUGCUGCAAGUCACAGGCUACAAGCUCUGGUUGCAUUCAGCCUUUCCGCCCGGUGUGGUGCGCAACACGCUCAUCUCGCAGUGCUUCAACUCCUCCCACGAGCCCACCCACAAGCUCCUGCUCGACCUCCUGCCGCCCUUCCUGCAGUCUGUUGAGUCUCUGGAAACAGAGGAGUUUGAGAGGCAGCGGCGCAGCAUCCUCUUCUUCCUGCUCAUUCAGCUGCCCAACAGCCGCAACUUCAGCACGACCACCAUCAAGAUCGCUCGCCGGAUCGCAUUCAACCUCAUCCUCCACUCCUACCUCCUCACUCCGCCUCUCCCGCCCACCGACUGUGCUGACAUCUGGGGCCCACCCCUCGUGGGGGCAGUCAAGGACGCAUCUCUCCCCGACCCCCUCCGCCUGCCAGCCGUCCACCUCGCCCAAGCAAUCAUCACUGCCGACGCUGCCGCCCUCACCUCCCUCACGCUCGCCCGAGCCUUUGCAGGUUCAGGUCCGGGCGCAGGCUCGGGUUUAAGCUCGGGGUUUGCAGCGGGAGGUGCUCCGAGCGUGUUUUCUCGGUCGCUGGACCAGCUGGACCUGCUUUCUGAGGUGGCGGCGGCAGAGAGCGACAGGUGGCAGUGCGCCCCGGCCCUCUGGGUGGAGCUACUGGAGCGAACUCCCCCCCAGUGGUUACCAAAACCGUUACUCCGAGCAGCCGUCUGGGCAGCAGGGCAUUUCUGCCUCUCUGCUUCCGCCACUGCUGCUGCUGCUGGUUCUGCUGGUGAUGCCGCUGCUGCUGGUUCUGCUGGUGCUGCUGGUGUUGUUGGGAGUAAGAUUAGCACCCCGGCGGUUACCAGCAGCCUGGCGGUUACCAGCAGUGCGGUGGUUACAGCGGCGCUGCACUGGAGAUUGGCUCCUGGGGCUGGGGGAGGGGGGCGAGGGGCGAAGGCAGGGUGUGUGAAUGCGGUGGCGGCAGCAGAACAUGAGGAGGAGUUGAGCGUCAUUCUGCAGAGGAGCGUGUCGUCUUGCCUCGUUCAGAUCAGAGGCGCCAAUCGGCUCAAGCUGCUGAUGUGGCAUGCCAGCCUGGCAGAGCCUCUCAUCUUCCUCCUCAUAGACUCCCAACUGCCCAACAGGGACAUGGCUCGUGAGCUGCUGACCUCCCUCUGCAGGGACCACCGCAUUGACCACCAGCUCGCCUUCCUCGCUUCCUCCUCUGCCUCUGCCCGCGGGCUCGUUCGGGCAUUCGCCAAGGCAGCUGCUGUGCUCGCCCUAGACCCCACAGGCAAGCAAGCAUCGAUCAUACAGGGCCUUCUCUUCUAUGCUUCCAAGCUCCUCGGCCCUCCCUCCGCACACCUCUCCUGCAUCUCUCCACCGCACUCCACUCCUCUACCCAGCCCCUCUCCUCCCUCACCCGGCCUCAAGGCUAAAUCUGGAGGUAUUGGUUGCGAUGGUAAACUCUCACUCUUCCCCAUCGCUGCUUCUUCCCCGGAGAAUCCGAACCUGCUGCUGGAACGGAGCAUCGGCCAAACCUGGGGUGGAGGCUCGGCAGGGGUACGGACCGCUUGUUUUGGGGAUGGAGGUAUGGGUGGUGCGGGGGCUGGAGGGAGAGAGGAGGAAGCUGAUUGGGUGGCUGACGUGGCAGCUUGUGUGACUGUAAAGGACGGGUCUAUACUGCAUCGGUGGGUGGAUGCUUCAGCAAUAGUGCUGAAAGCGUUACAGGUUACAUGGAACCUUAUUGGUGGUAACCACAUCAAAGAUAAUAAAAAAAUCGGUGAUAGUACCGGCGUGAACAACGCCAUGGGUGGUAGAGGGGGAGGUGGGAUCUGGGGGAGGUGGAAGUGGGCUGUUUUGCUGAGGGAUUUCUGUAGCUGCCUGAUUGCUGGGAUUAAGCUAAGUGUUGGGGCAAGCUUGUCUCAAGAGCAGAAGGAUAGGCUUCUGGCAGCAGUACAGCAUGCAGCAUCGCUUGUCUCAGCUUCGGAUGCCGAACCUCCGCCGAAGCAGCCGCUCCCGAACCUGCGGGUUCCGGCUGUGGACGUCGGGGAGGAGGGAGAGGAGAGUGGAAGAGAGGGAAUUGAAGAUUUGGUUUACUUGUUUAGAAUAGGGACUGCCGGUAAGGGGAAGGGAGGAGUGGUCGAGACAAUAGAUCUGGAAGAGGAUGAGGAGGACGGUGCUAGGAUGGGAGCUGGUGGGAUGGAUACUACCAGGGUGAAAGCAGUGAAGCAGGAAAUAAAGGGAGUGGAGGAGAAAGAGCGAGUGGGUGAUAUGAGUUUGGAGGAGCUAGUGGAGGAAGAGACAGAGGAGGAAGAAGAGGAGGAAGAGGAGGAGGAGGAGGAGGAAGAGGAGGAGGAGAUGGGGGAGGAGGAUGAGGAGGAGGAAGAGGAGGAGGAUGAGGUGCCAAUAGGGCAGCUGAAGCGAGGCAGUAAAGAUGGGCUUGCAGAGACCGAGACUCCAUCUGGGGUGGGUGCAUCUGGGGAAGGUGUAUUUGCGAAGUCAGCACCAUCUUUCCCGUUUUCUUCAGGUCCCGCAACCUCCUCUGCUUCCCCGCCCUCCUCCACCCCUCACUCCGUCACACCCUUAGCCUCUCUCCUCUCCUCUCAGGCAGCGAAGCAGCGGCGCCGAAACACUCUCGAGAAAUACCUGCGCACGCAGGUUGCAGCAGCCGCUGGUGCUGGCGCUGGUGCUGGCGCUGCAGACGCUGCUGGCACUGCUGCUGCUGGCACUGCGGGUGCAGGCAUGGGGAAAUCGAGUGCAGGGUCAAGGCUUGGAGCAGGAGGGGUCGUUUUUAAGAAGCCGCGGAGUCUUUUGAGCAGAAAGCCAGGUGUGAUGAAAGGGGCAGGCAGAGGGGGCAAGCUGUCAGCGAUUCGAGAGUCGCACAGGGCAGAGGUGGAGCAGAGGAACAGUGCCCUGGGGGACGUGCAGCGGCAAAUCAGAGAGCGACAGCUGGCGGAGAGGCUGAAGCAGCAGCAGGUGCAGCAGCAGGGCGGGACAGGGGGCACUGGUGCAGCAGCGGACCCUUUUGCGUUUACUGUGGAAUCACCCUCAGGUGCAGGUUUAUCUGGUGCAGGUUUAUCUGGUGCAGGUUUAUCUGGUGCAGGUUUAUCUGGUGCAGGUUUAUCUGGUGCAGGCUUAUCUGGUGCAGGUUUAUCUGGUGCAGGUUUAUCUGGUGCAGGUUUAUCUGGUGCAGGUUUAUCUGGAGCAGGCUUAUCCGGCAAAGCCCCUGUCCCACCAGCCAUGGCACGUUCAGCAGCAGGCGCAGGGGUAGCAGGUGGAGCAGGAGCAGGAGCAGGAGUAGCAGGGGUAGCAGGGGCAGCAGGGGCAGCAGGGGCAGCAGGGGCAGCAGGGGCAGCAGGGGCAGGAAAAGCAAAGGCAGCGGUGCUUCUAGAGGUGUUAGCAGAUGAUGACCUAGAUGCAGAAUUGGAGAGAGAAGCAGCCAAGGCAAGAAGGCCAGGAGGGAAGCUUUCGAUAGGCGGGCUUGAAGGCAUGAACCGCGUUGCAGACCAGAUCAAACGCCACCAAACCAUCGCGCUAGGCUCGGACCGGACCGGCCCGGGAGGCUUGGCGGGUAGGCUCGGCAUCCAGGACUGGAUGGCUUGGAAGAAGCCGCCGCUGCCGAAGCUAGACGAUUGGUUUCGGAAGAUCCUGGCCAUGGAUUACUACGAGGUGGUGUCGGGUUCCGAGCCUGCAGGUUCGGCGAGCCGGGGGCUGGUUCGGGUGCCGGACGAGUUUGGUUCGGUAGCAGAAUACGUUCGGGUCUUCCAGCCACUAGUCCUGGAGGAAUUCAAGGCGCAGCUUCGGCGAUCGUACGAAGAUGCUGUAGGUUCGGGUGGGGGAGGAGGAGCGGGAGGAGGAGGAGCGGGAGGAGCAGGGGGAGCAGGGGGGGCAGGGGAAAGGAGGGGAGGGGCGGAGGUGGCAUAUGUGGGAGCUCUGAGAAUGCUGUCAAUAGAGCGGGUGGAUGAUUUCCAGCUAGCGAGGUUCAUGGCCGAACCAGGAGCUUCGUCCGGGUCCCGGGCCUUCUGUGGGGAGAAUGAUCUCGUGCUUCUCACUCGGAAAGUGCCCGACCAUGCUGCUGCUGCGGCAGCGGCUGCUGGUGGUGGGGGUGAUGCUUCUGCUGCAGCGCUUCAUGUGCUGGCCAAGGUGAGAAUCAGCACAGAUGCUGCUGUUGCUAUGGAUUUGGAGAGAGGGGGAAUGAGAGGGGGAGGGAGGGGAGGAGUGCGGGGAGGAGGAGGGAUGAGUCGAGGAGGGGGAGCGGGAGGAGGUAGUGGAGUGGGAGGAAGGGGAAGCGGGGGAGGGGGAGGGGGAGGGGCGGCAGGAGGGGCAGGGGGGAAGAAGCUGCGAACGAGGGUGCUGGUGUGUGCGCAAUCCAAUGCUGCAGUGGAUGAAAUCAUAUCUAGGAUCUUCCGAGCCCAUGCAGAAGCAGCCAAGGAUGGGGAGGACGAGACUGUGCGAUCUCAGCCGUCGGUUGUGCGCGUAGGGAACGUGUCAGCCGUCCAUCCAGACUCUCUACAUAUUCACAUUGAUACGCUGGUGGCUAAGAGGCUAGCUAAAGAAGCAGCUGCGCGAGGUGUGACUGUAGGCAGUGGCGGUGAUAGUGGGGUGCUGCCGUCGUGGAUGGAAGGGUUGUUUGAUGCCGUGGUGAUUGAUGAGGCCGCUCAGGCAUUGGAGCCCGCCACGCUGAUUCCCCUCCAGCUGCUCAGCCGAAUCAGCAGCCGUUGCAUCAUGGUGGGCGACCCGAAGCAGCUCCCAGCCACCGUUCUCUCCCGCACCGCAUCCAACCUUCGCUACGAACGCUCCCUCUUCGAGCGCCUGCAGACGUCUGGUUACCCGGUUACCAUGCUGUCCACACAGUACCGCAUGAAUCCCCACAUCUCCCGCUUCCCCUCCUCCUUCUUCUACCAGUCUCUCCUCUCUGACGCUCCCUGUGUCACCGCCCCCUCCUGGUCCUCCCCCUUCCAAGCCUUACCAUCCAACUUCCCCUCGCCUUCCUCGUUACAGUCUGAUUCGCUACAGGCUGAGCAGCAGCAGCACAGUGUAGGAUCAACGGCCCCGCUGCUGCCGUAUGGUGUGUUUGAUGUGGAGGAUGGCGUGGAGAAGACGAGAGGGCCUGCAGGCGCCCCUUCUCUGUGCAAUGAGGCUGAAGCAACGGCUGCCCUGGAGCUGUACCGGCUGCUGCAGCAACGGUUUCCCGAGGAAUGUGCACCAGGCAGGGUGGGUGUCAUCACGCCCUACAAGCAGCAGCUCUUUCUUCUAAGAGACACUUUUAGCCGAGCGCUGGGGCGUGGGGGAGCAGCAGACAUUGAAGGGGUGGUUUUCAGGGUGAGAAGGCCUUAUAGGGAGGGGUUGGUGAAGGGGGAGAGGGCUGAUUUGAGGUUUUUGCCUGAGCGGGAGAGGGGUGGUGGAGAGGAGGGAGGGAGGAGGGGUGGAGAGGAAGGGGAGAGGAGACAAGGAGGGGAGGGGAGAAGUGGGGGAGAUGAAAGGGAGGAGAGGAGUGGGAGAGGUGAAAGGGAGGAUAGUUUGAGGGAGGAGAGAGUGAGGGAGGAGAGAGUGAGGGAGGAGAGAGUGAGGGAGGAGAAAGUGAGGGAGGAGAGAGUGAGGGAGGAGAGAGUGAGGGAGGAGAAAGUUAAAGAGGAGAGACUAAGGGAGGAGAAAGCAAGAGAGGAAAGAGUGAGGGAGGAGAAAGCAAGAGAGGAAAGAGUGAGGGAGGAGAAAGCAAGAGAGGAGAGAAGGAAGGAGGAGAGAGGGAGGGAGGAGAAAGUGCGGGAUGAAAGAGAAAGAGAGGAGAGGCCGAAGGAGGCAAGGGCACCAAUGCCAGCACCAGGGGAUGCGGUAGCAACAGCGGCAGAAGCAACAGAGGCGAAAGCAGCAGCAGAGGCGAAAGCAGCAGCAGAGGCGAAAGCAGCAGCAGAUGCGAAAGCAGCAGCCGAGGCGAAAGCUAGGAUAGAGGCACAAGCGAGUUUGCCAGUGCAAACAGCAGAAAAGGCACACAUGCAUGAGGCAGCAGACCCGAAGCGCAAGGAUGAAAGCAGAAAGGAGGUGGUGUUAGAGUCUCGCGAGAACAAGGUGCCCGAAGGAGAAGAGAAAGCAGACAUCCGUGCAGCAGCAGGCCAGACGCACAAGGAUGAAAGAAGAGAGGAGGUGGUGUUAGAGUCUCGUGCGAAAAAGGUGCCUGAAGCAGCAGCAGGACCGAGGGAGAGAGAGGAUGGAGCAGUGGUAUCGAAGGGAGAAGAAGAGAUGAGAGCGCCUGAGGGGAGGGAGCAUGGGACGAGACCGGCUGAGGGGAUUCAGAAUGUGGAGGACUCGGGGACAAGGGAGAGGGAGAGAGGGGAUGGGGAUGGGCCAGUGAUAAGGGAAGCAGCGGGAGGUGUGGAAAGAAAUAGGGCGACGGACAGGGAGAGAGAAUUAGACAAGGAGAGGGGAAGGAGUAUGGACAGGGGGCGGAGCCGGAACAGGGACCAGGAAAGAGAGAAGGACAGAGACAGGGACAGGGGCAGGGAUAGGGACAGUGAUAGAGAUAGAGACAGGGAUGGAAAUAGAGAUAGAGAUAGGGACAGGGCAAGAGACAGGGGAAUGCAGAGGGAAAGGGAGAGAGAAAGGGAAAGAGUUAGAGCUAGGGAAGGGAGCAGGGAGAGGGAGUCUAGCAGGGUACCGGAGAAGAGGGAGAGACCAGUGUUUGACAUUCCAGAGGUGGUAAAGGAGCUGAGGACGAACGUGUGGGUUCAGAACGGUGAAAUGGGGUUCUUCAUGUGGUGUGUGAAGAGGGAAGGGGAUAGGAGGCACGGAUUGAGUGGAGUGAAGAGGGAAGCUGAAAAACGGAGGAGGGAAAUUAGGAUGAGAGAGGGGAGAGGAGGGGAGGGGGUGAAGGAGGCAGAUAGGAAUAAGGUGAAAGAGUAUGAGAAGGUUAGGGAGAAGGAAAGGGAGAAGGAAAGGGAGAAGGAAAGGGAGAAGGAAAGGGAGAGGGUAAGGGUGAAGGAACGGGAUAGGGAGAAAGAGAGAAUGGGGGAUAGGAGUAGGUCGGCUGAUGUCAGCAGGGCACAGGUGAUUGGUCAGAGGAUCCCUGACAAUGAUGAUGAUGCUGACGUGGCACGAGGAACAGCUCCCAAGGGACACUAA